AUGAUUCUGAAGAACCAAAAGUCAAAGAGAAGCGAAAAAAGGUCCGCUGCGCCAAUUGUUUUGCGGCCCCAGCGCGAGACUGCUGGCGGCUGUUCGUGGGCUCGCUACGAAGCAGACGAUGCCCCUGCUGUGAGGCUGAUCGCGGGCCGGCCACAGUCUUCUGUAGACUUGCUGAGUUGCAGCAGUAGCGGGAGGGGCAGCUCAGCGCAAGAGCAAGCUCGCAGCGCCGUGAGGCAGCGGGAGCCGGCCAAGAUCAGCGACACACGCUUUCUUGUAGCACGUGUUGCGGCUGCUGCUCUGCUCCGGCUCCAUCAGGGCCACAUCGACCGCCACGUACACCUGGGUGCAUGCAGCUGUGGCACGCGCGUGGAGCUGCGAUCGCUGCGCCGGCGCCAUCAGGGCCACAUCGACUGCCACACACCUGGUAGUGUGGCCGGGGGAGAGAGUGACCCGUCAGACAUGGGCGCAGCUGAACCGCUCCAAGUUGAAACGCAUUUCCUCCUGCAAAGCAGCGACGGGGCGAUGGCAGAACGGCAGGAGGGUGCGUCUAUGUCUCAUGCGCCGUGUGAGGCCAGCAGCAAUCAGGAACGUUACCGUCCAACAAGCCCCAGCUACAGCAAGCAGCGCACGGGAGAUGAGAUACUGGCCGUGCAAGCAGCUAGCGACAAGAGGCGGCGCACUGGCGAUCCCUCCACCUUCCGGGAGGGCUUUUUCGAGCCUGGACAUUGCAGGGCAGCUGAGGAUCCGCUCGAGUCGCCAGAGCUUCAUGCUCGGGUCGACUCAAGCUUGAUGUCACACGAGGUGGAGGGAGACCGUGCAAGGGGAGAGCUUCAAGUAGAGCGGCCUGGAUCGUCAGCCGCAACGUGCGCAAGUGGCAACGGAGCUUCAGGGGGAAUUCCUAGCGACAUUGCAGAAGAGGAGGGCGGGCCUGGGAACAAUCUGCUUGCGUCGGAGGGGAGCCGAGCCUCAUCCGUCGAAUCGAAUUCAAACAGCAGCACGUCCUGUGAUUCUGCACCGUUCACCAUCAUAAUGGCAGCAGACCGCUUCCGUGAGCUGGGGUACCCCGUCUUCUCGGUCGACAUCACGUGGGAUCCAGAGAAGGGCAAAAAAGACCCGAAGAAGGCCGGAGCAGAUCAGGAGAAGGGCGGAGCAGACCAGGAGAAGGGCGGAAAGUCUGUCAAGUUCCCACCAAGCUGGCAGACCACCACCCUUGCCAGUGGGACUGUGCGCCAAAGCCACAACAGCCUGGCCAUCAACACGAGUAACUGCGACGUCCUUGGGCUUGACAUCGACCGCCACGAUUCCGGGUUGGCGACGUGGGAGGCGCUACAACGCGCACACGGCCUCGCAGAAGCACCCUCAGUGCAGACAGGCAGCGGCGGGUUGCAUCUGUAUUACUCCCGAAGCAAGAGCAUCGAGGCCGGCCUGUCUUCGGGCCUCGUCAAAAGCUUCUCAAAGCUGUAUUGUGAAGAUCCGGAGAGCGGCAAGGUGUUGAAGGUGGGCAUCGAUAUGAGGGGAGAGAAAGGGUGUCUGAUCGCACCGGGCAGUUGCUACUUGGACGGGGCUGGCACGAGGCUAUGCUACGAGAUGAUUGAAAAACCAGAGCUUCCCCCCGUCACGGAAUUGCCCCCUUUUCCCGGCUGGCUCAUUGAAAUCCUUAACCGCCAGGCGAGCUUGCGGGCGAUCUGGAACAAGCAAGAGCGGGAGGAGAGACGCGCGGGCGGAGUGAGGGGUGGAGACUUGCCUGAGCCGGCCUCUGCAUCUAUUGAACCGGACCUUGCGUCCCCCGAGCUCCAAAAGGAGGUGGUGAGCGCGCUCGAGAAGCUGCUGUUGACAUGGGGGGACAACACCUCCGUUUUCAGCGGUGCCAAGCCGUCUUCAACCGGAGUUGGGGUCAUCUACGACUUCAGGAACGGGCCUGGGGGCCGCGUGGCGUGCCCCUACUUUGCGACGCAGCGCGGAGGGGUGCACGACAGCAACAACUUUGCGCUCCUGCGGCGGGGCGCCGAAAUCCUCUACCUCUGCUAUGGGGAGAGUUGCAAGACGACCUCUCGGUCGCGCUCCAUCCGCCUAGGCAUGCUCCCGCUCCCGAUUGCUGCAGCUUUUGGGGACAGCCAGCCGCUGAACAGCGAGAGGAAACAUCUGUACUCCGACCGGGUGCUGCUGCCGCUGUCCUUCCUCCGAGAGAACCUCAGCGUCAUGAAAGGAGACGUGGGGUGCGCCAUCAUUCUUGAGCGGCUGUACUUCCAAAGCGGGCUGAAGUUUGCCUUCACACCCGCCGGACCGUACUACUGGACCGGUCGUUUCUGGGCCAAGGAUUAG